CGUUCAUUCUGUAUAUUUAGUUGACCAUUAUGAAGUGUUUUUUUGCCCAAAACGAGCACUGGAUGCAGCUUGAUCGCUCUUCCGACGUUCAAUCGAGCACACUUGCAUUUUACCCGGCGGCAAAUACAGUUUGAGUGCAUAAUAUGCUUGAAAGAACACGUUACACUACACAGGUAGUGUUGUCAUCAAUAUAUGUGCGAGCACUCGAGUGCUCUUUUGCAUGCAUUGCUAGCAUGGUACACUGUGUUCUCUGCGGAAGCAAGUGCCACAUUCAUUUCUUUGAAUUACCUUCACGCACAAGUUCGGUAUUACGUCAUAAUGAGACCACGAUUGUCACCUCUUUUCAUGUAUUGGUAUUGUGUUGUGCCUUGGUUUGAUUUGUGUAUCCUACGUAACGGUGGUGUGGCGUGACUUGAAUAACGCCUUUGUCUGGUUAGUUAAUAAAUAAUAAUAAAUAUAAUAAAUAAAUAAUAAAAUAACAUAUAAUAAAGAAUAAAUUGGUUAGUUUGUUAUGUUAAAUCGGUGUUAUUGUUUCCAUCUUGCAUUAUGAUUCCCGGCUUUUGGAAUAUAUUCGCAUAUUUACGUGCUCUGUACGGAUCUGCUGCCUUAGGGUACCUACGAGAGUACCUCAACCAGGCCACAACGAUCAUCCGCCUGGAAUGUCACCAACGUUUCAACAGUGAGUGUCUUCAACGCAACGUUAUCCCUCAUCCUCUUCGCUGUCGACCUCGGGUCGACACACCCUACGGCCACAAGAUUGCACGGGAUUUCAGCAUGAAAUGCCUAAAAGCACGUGUGCUGGAAAACAAGAAGAAACUAACUAAAUGUCGGCUGCGUCAGAACCAAGCGGAGAAGGAGCUUCGACGAAUUUUACAACCAGAUGACAUGCAGCGCGUGUUCGUCGCACGCAAGCAUGCUGAGACUACAGAGAAGACCAAACGCACCAACGUCCACAAUGAGAAGUUAUCACGGUUGAUACCCAGGAGCUCCACACCAAGCAAUCCCAAUACGGUGUUCAACCUUUCCUCGAAGCGGCUCUCGGACGAUCAUGUCAGCUUGCUUUCAAAAGGCCUAGACUUUGCUCUGACUCCACGUGCUCCCGCUACUAUUGAUUUCAUCAUUGAAGUCGAAGACAAACUCCGCCACUUGAAGAAUACCACCGGAGUCAACCUAGCACGUAGCCGCAUAGCGACCACUCUAUCCAAUCUAAAAGCUCAACCGUCGAACUUGAACAAACAGAAACAAGCAGCUCUACGGGAUUUGAAAUCUGACGAGUCGAUUAUCACCCUCCCAGCAGAUAAAGGGAAAGGCACUGUAGUAAUGGACAAAAUCGACUACGAUGGCAAGAUGCUCAAAAUCCUAGACGACCCCACGCAUUUUAAGAAAGUUGCACACGACCCGAUCCCAAAAUCGGAGCGCUCCCUCAUCGACCACCUUCGUAAUUUCAAGAAAAAAGACUGCUUGGAUGAAGAAACCUAUCGCCGCUUGUUUUCCUCAGAUGGCUCCAUUCCUAGACUGUACGGCCUCCCUAAAGUGCACAAGCCCGAAUGCCCGCUACGUCCGAUUGUGUCAUUCAUUGGAUCACCAACUUACAAACUUUCAAAGUACCUUGUUGAACUGAUCUCACCUGUAACCAGCAAUAACAACAUGACCGUACGUAAUUCCCGUGAGUUCGUACAACUAGUACGUGAUCAAGUUAUCGAUGAAGAAGACAUCAUGGUGUCUUUUGACGUCGUUUCGCUUUUUACUAACGUCCCUGUUGCGACCGUGGUUGAAGUCGCUGAAACACGAUUGCAUAAUGACUCCUCCCUCCCAUCACGUACAUCAUUGACGGUGGAGGACAUCAUCAUCUUACUACGUUUUUGUCUGAAACAAUCAUACUUCACGUUCAAAGGACGGGUAUACCAACAGAUCGAAGGCUGCCCGAUGGGCAGUCCAGUGUCAGUGACCAUGGCCAACUUGAUCAUGGAACACGUGGAAGAACAAGCACUACAAAAGGCAUCUUUCCCGGUCAAGUUCUAUCGGCGGUACGUGGACGACACCUUUGUCAUCUUAAACCGGAAUCACGUACAUGACCUCCACUCUAUACUAGACAACGUGGAGCCUUCAGUACGUUUCACGUAUGAGGUGGAACAGAACAGCGUGCUUCCUUUCCUGGAUGUUAGUGUGCGCCAAGCUGAAGCUGGACACAUAGAGACAACCGUACAUCGCAAACCCUGUGACACAGGCAAUUUCUUGCACCUCAUUUCCCACCAUCCCCCCGAACAUAAACGAAGCAUGGUAAACACGUUACUUGACCGUGCGAAGCACCUCGCUUCGACCCCUGAACUCCGCGCCUCAGAAGAAAACACUGUCCAACGGUCACUCACAAAACGUGGCUAUCCGCCACAUUUCAUUAAAAACACGCGGAAACGAAUAGAAGAGAAAAAGCAACCGAGAGAAGGCACUUCCAAACAAGGGGUUGUUACAAUUCUCUAUGUCAGCGGUGUGUCCGAAAGCAUCCGCCGAGCUCUUCUUCCAUUAGGAAUUCGGACCACCUUUAAACCUCACAUCAGAUGACCUCCGAUCAGCGUGACCUCCUCUCCAAACCCAAAGACAAGACUUCCCCGGAAUCCCAAACCGGUGUUGUGUACAAGUUAGACUGCCGCGACUGUGACAUAACACACAUUGGGGAGACCGGCCGCAAACGCAGCACCCGGAUUAAGGAGCACCGGCGAGACGUCGAAAGAGCGACAAAUGCAACAAGGCUAAAGACGGAACUCGUUGACCACUGCUGGAAAACGGGACACAGUUUCAACUAUGAGAAUGCUACAACCUUGGCACGGGAACAACGGUGGUGGCCACGAAAAUACCUAGAAUCGUGGCAUAUACAAAGAGAGCCUACCGCAUGUAACGCCAACCGUGGCCCACUUCCCGAUGUAUACAAAGACUUAACUGGUUUUCGGUCACUCAUUCCCUCCUGAGGGUGCACUGAUGAUGUCUCCCGUAUGGGAGACGAAACGUCUGAAUAAAUUGGUUAGUUUGUUAUGUUAAGUCGGUGUUAUUGUUUCCAUCUUGCAUUAUGAUUCCCGGCUUUUGGAAUAUAUUCGCCUUUGUCUGAGCUGUAUCGUCAGCUUGUUACGAUAGUAAUAAUUUGUAGCGUGUCAUGCUAUUUGGAGCAGUUUUUAAGGCAAAAGUGGUCUCUCAAUACAGGUUUUGUCAUGAGGGCUACCCAGUGAAUAAUCUGUGUAGUGUGAUACGGCUGGGUGUUCAGGUUACUUCACAGCUGCCUCGACGUACUCAAGAAAUGGGUGCAGAACCUGCGUAAUGCCCACAAACUUUGAUUACCACAGCACCUCCAGAAAGUAUGUGUCACAUGAGAUUUUUAAAUGUAUUCACAGUAUAUAAUACCUUGUAUUAACUGUUGUAGAUCUAAGCUGUCUCUACAGUACACUCUCAGAAAUUAAAACUUGUCAGGGAACUGUGAUAAUUGUUUCAGUUAAUAGGCAUGCACAUAUAUGCUAUAAGAAGAAAAUUAUUUCUUGAAAAUGCACUUCUCUGGCGACUGGUGUUGUUUACGCAUACUGUUGAUCACAUUCAUUUAUCACAUAUUAUAUUCUUAUAUAUAUUAUUAUAUUAACACAUAUUUGAUCACAUUAAAUUCAAAAUUCAUCAUAUAUAAGAAAAUACCAGGAGGGAAGUUGCUAUUCAUUGCUCAUUCUAACCUAAAAUUGAGUGCUACAAAUUUAGAGAGAGUACCUGUCCAUUGUCAUUCCUAAAAUAUAUAUUGUCAUUGUAGCAAGGUCAUAAAACAAUAAAUGUAGUCUUUUGUGACCUCCCUGCACAUUCAUUGUAUCCUGAAAUGCAUAAGUGCAAGAAAUCACUUGAAUAAACUUGAUGUUGUAUAAACUUGAUAUAAAAUGUUGAAUAAUAUGAUGUAUGAUAUAAAAUGUUGAAUAAACUUGAACUUGUAUAUUCUCUUUA